UCAGCCGCUGCUGCGAUAGGCCGACAACAGAGAGUCCAACCUAACCUUAAAAUCUGACUGCAGCAGUAUCAGCAGUAUGCGAUUCACGUUCGAACUGUGCACUUCGCUCUCGCACCUGCGUCGUUCAUUUUGCACUUGCACUUUAUUGUUUAUAAUUUUCACUGUUAGCUAUAUAGAGUAGCGUUAUCUUAUAUAUCUAAUAAACAGGGUAAGAUAGAAGAAGAGAGGCAAAAAUGGAGACGAUAUACGAGACGGCUGAUGCCGAAGCAGCGCAAGCAGGAAAAAAGGAGAAAAUAGUGACGAUAAAUAAUCAGAUGCCAACGAAGGAUGUGCUUCUGCUAAGCUGCGGCAAAUACAAUCCGCCGACGAAUAUGCACCUGAGGAGGUUGGAAAGAGCACGAGAUCACCUCCGAUCAUUGGGAAUGACAGUAAUUGGUGGUACGAUUUCACCCAUAAACAAUUAUUCUUCCGAUGACCCUUGCCUGGAAGACAGCAGCGUGAGAGUAAAGCUGUUGGAAUUAGCAAUGGAAUACACUCAAUGGAUGACUAUCAGCAAAUGGGCAGUCAAACAAAACACGGCCAAAAGUAUUCUUGAAACCUUAAGAUUUCAUCAAACAGUGCUGAACUAUAUUGCGGCUAAAGAUAAUGACAAUAUAUAUAAUCCAAAAUUAAUAAAGAGGUGGGUACCGGCAGCUUACUUGAUGGCAGGACUCAGCCCUCGGGUACCACGUGUACAAAUAAAAUUAGUUUGUGGUAUGGAUGUGUUGGAGAGUAUCACGACUCCUGGACAUUAUACUGACGAGGAGAUAGCCGAAAUUUUUACCCAUUACGGAUUAGUAAUCAUAGACGAGGACGGACAGAAUAUCAAUAGAUUUAUUUACAAUUCUGACAUUCUCAGCAAAUACAUUCGCUACAUAAACGUAGUGACCGAGUGGAUUCCAAACGAGGUGAACUCCACGUGGAUUCGUCGAGCCCUGCAUCGCGGCGAGAGUAUUCAGUGGCUGGUUAACAAAAAUGUGCUGAAAUCAAUCUACGAGAACAACUACUACGGAGCUCGCAAACCAAUAAGUAAUUUAACGACGAUGGAGCUUACGAAGCAAGAGCCUAAGCACCGGGUGAUCCUGAUGUCGUGCGGCAGCUACAACCCGCCGACGCAUAUGCACUUCCGGAUGUUCGAACGAGCUCGUGACCACCUGCACUCGCUGGGGACGCACGUGGUGCUGGGUGGAGUGAUAUCCCCGGUGAACGACGCCUAUGCCAAGAGCGAGCUGGCUGCCGGCGAGCACCGAGAGGAGAUGCUGAAAUGCGCGCUGCACGACAGCGACUGGAUUCGACUGAGUAAGUGGGAGCUUCGGCAGAAGGCCUGGACGAGAACGCGCCAGAGCUUGCAGCAUCAUCAGACGCUCCUCGACGAGGUGGUGCAAGGCCAGGCGGCGGCGAACAGCAACGUCGACGAGGAAGAUCUGACGUGGAUACCCGAUGUUCUGAGGAACGGCGACACGGGCGAUCCGAGCCCCGUGAGGAUCAAGCUUCUGUGCGGCGGUGAUCUGCUCGAGAGCUUCGCGACGCCCGGACUCUGGGCCGAGGAGGAUAUCGAGGAGAUCGUGGGUAGAUACGGUCUAAUAGUCAUAACGCGGGUGGGCUCCAAUCCCUACAAGUUCAUCUACGACUCUGAUAUCCUCGCCAAGCAUUUGCACAACAUACACAUAGUGACCGAGUGGAUUCCGAACGAGGUGAGCUCGACGCGCAUAAGGAGGGCUUUGAAGCGCGGCGAGAGCGUCAAGUACCUGCUGCACGACUCCGUCUUGGAGUACAUCUACACAUACAAAAUAUACAACUCCAAAAAUCCGGACCACUACCAGCACACUAAGUUGGAAUAUUCCUCCAUUCACUCCUCGACCGACUAUCUCGACGUAGACGAGGCCAAGAGCCAGGCCGACGACGCUUUCCUGACGCGGUCGCCAAGCGACGUUCCCAUGCGCGACACGAGUCCCUGCGAGCCCACGACUACGACCAGGACAACGGCAGAGGCGACGAACGACGAGGACGGGUCAUUGCCCGAGACGGUGCUCCAGAAGAACCUCCAGAACAGCAGCUACAACUCCGAUGACUCGGCCAGUACGACGGAGCUGGCUCGCGAGAAGUUCUUCCGGAGCAUCGUCAACGACUCGCUCCAUCUGACAGGGGGCGAGUCGUCCUCCUCGUCGCUUCUGCCGCUGCAGAGUCCGCGCGUUCACAGCCCCGUCGAGCUGCCAGGCAGCGCACGAGCCAGAAACGAGCUUCUGGCUUUCGAGGACACGACCGAGAGCGAGCUUGCGACCCUCUGCGACAACACCUACAGCAACGACAGAGAGGAGGACGCGCUGUCUAUCACGUACGAUGAGAGCUCGGAGGACGCGAUAGAGACGUCGGUGCGGAACAACGGGCUGGGAAACGGCUCCGACGAUACGAUGCCCAAGGGGGCCGAGGAGUCUCUGGGGUACGAUUGUCCGGACUCGGACUCACAGGCCACAAAGUUCGAGAUCGAUGGCAAGUACGUCAAAUCCCUGGUCAGCUCAAGAAAGGGCAAGAAAACCGACGACGAGGACAGCGACAGGUCGAAGGAGGAAGAGAGCGUCGAGGACGAGAGGCUGAAGCUCGAGUUGAUCGACAGCACGCCCGAGUCAACCGAGGAGAAGACCGUCGAGGAGAAGGAGAAGGUGGUGGAAGACGAGCUGAAGAAGAACACGAAGCUGUUCGAGGACGACAUCAGCUACAUCAAGCGACUGCGGUUGAUCAUCAAUGACGGCAAGCCGAUCAACCAGCGUCAGCAGCUGCAGGGUAGUCUCGACUCCAUCAACCUGAACGAAACCAACGUCGGCGCUAGGAACGUCAUGGAGUCGAUGUCGAAGAAGUCCAAGAGCUUCGAGUCCAUCAAGCGCAACGUGGUCAUGAGUCUCAAACCCGGCGAGAUAUCCUACUGCGACGACACCAUCGCGUCAACCAAGCUCAAGUCCGACAGCACGAGUCAACUGGUGACGGCGCAGGAGUUUGACGCGCCGACGGAGGAGUUCUGCUCGGCCUGUUGCUUCGAGCAGCCUUCGUCCGCUGACGUGUUCUACACCAUCAGGUCGAACUGCAGUUCCCCGGAGGACGAGGACUCAACCGAGUGCGACAUUUGCAGCUCGUGUAAUCUCAGGGACGACUCGAACGAUUGCAACAACGCGGCGAUGACUCACGCGCAGAGUCUGAGCGAAACCGCCGAGAUCUGCGAGAUCUGCGGUGAGCCGGCCACGAGUGCUGACGAACCUCUGACCUCUGACCCUAAAAGCUCAGUCAUCAACUCCAGGCCAAUGCCGUUGAGUCUUCCAAAGGCGAAGUCAACCAUCGAGAUCAGCAAGGGCAGCUACGGGCGCUCGACCCUCGAAGACGACCGAUUCGAGAUCGACAACUGCGGACUGCAAGACUGCCGGCUGCGCGCCUCUCUCGACACCUGCAGUCAACCAGAGCCCCUUUACGUCAACAUCACACCUCGACACCGUCAACCUCCGCUACUCCCGAGACAUCAGCCAAUGAGCGAGGCUGAGAGUUACAGGUACGCCGGGGCUCCGAAGGACGAGGUAGCCAUGUCUCGGAGUCUGAGCAUCGGGGGUAGGGACAAAAGAGUCAGCCGCAAGGGAUCUUACGCCAAGACUAGAAACGCUGCCGACAGAGCGGCCCAGGAGAAGCGCAGGUUCUCCUCGGUGGACAACUUGCAGAACCGGAUGUCCUUCAGAUCGAGCGGCGAGAAAUUUUCCAAAUCCCGUGAUAACAAAUUCAUGACAUCGGCUGACAGCAUCAGGCCGAGGGUCGCGAGGAGCAGGUCACUCAGAAGAUCAGCUGACAACGUUGGGAGAUUCGACUCGUCCGGGGACAACCUCGACUCUCUCGAAGAGAACGCCGAUACGGACGAUAACGGGGUGACUACGAGCAGUGCGGUCAGGACCGUCAAGAUCAGGGACAGCGAUACCAUCAAGAUGAUUCUCACGAAGCACGGCAUCAAGAUCAUCAGCCAAAAGGAGACUGUGUUAUAGGGCGAGGAUAUGGGCAAUGACUGUAGCAAAGAGAUUAUUUUGUAGUGAUGGUUAUUGUUAUAGUUUCCGUUCGGUUAUAGCCGCUUUAUUUAAUCGGCGAGGUGGCAUCGAGCUUGUGGAAUUGCCGUUAACAUAUCGCAGCAGUGGUUGUCGCGUAUUUUUUAAGGUGUAGGCGAAGAAGUUUAACACUUUUUUAUAUCAAGGUUUUACUAAAGUUUUAAGCUGUACGAUGAGUUAUGUCCUUAGACAGAGUUUUUAAAGGAUUCGUUAGUUGUGGUGUCGUGUCUUCCUCUCCGAUGAUUUGAUGUUGAUAUUCGCGUGCCAACCGUGUAACGCCGAGAACGAGGUUUUUUAACAGACAACGAAAUAUUUUAACGUUAAAAACGAUUAUACACACAUACCAAUUCCACAAAGUCGAUCGCCACGUUAAACGCGACGUAUAUUGCUAUAUACGUAUCACAAGGAAACAAUCAAUUUGAGGAUUUGCCCAUUUCCGAUUAUAGAAGCGUUAUUAAAGAAAUCAAUUUGGUUCAAGCGCAAAGACUAUUAUAGCGACGCGAGGAGAUGACGGAGCGGUCGGUUCUGUAAUGUUUUGAAUUUUGAAAGUCUAUUUUUUGACGUUGGACUGCGAAAGAGAAUUGUAUCGUAUUGUACAGAGAGUAUAUCGAAUAGACACUAGUUUAUACGUAUUUGUUUGUUAAAUUAUCGCUAAUUAUUAUUAUUAUUAUUAUUAUUUUAAAGGUUUUGCCACGAUCGUGUGAACACAACAUUUUGCGUUGACACCUUUCGUAGCCCGGAUGCUUGCUUUAUCGACAAAAUUUUUUUUCCCCUUUGAAAGACGUUGUUUGACGCGAAACAGGUGAACGUUAUAACGAAAAGCCAAUUAAACCUUUGACGUCGCUCUCGACUGCGUGUUAAUGGAUUUCCAAUUUGAAUUUUCAUUAAUUAAAAUUUUAAUUUACCAGCUUUCCGUUUCGGUGCGCUGUACGGAGAAUAGAUCAAUAUAAUGGAAAUCCAAAUUAGUUCGAACGAAAAGGGCGUUUGUUUAUUCUUGUCGGUAUUUCACUUUUUUAUCAACAAAAAAAACGCAGUUGACGAAGUGACUAUUAAACGUCGAACUCUGAUUUCAUAUGCUGUGAGUUUUAACGAGAUCAAUUAAUGACUUAAGAAAGAAGAGCAUAGAAAAGCGAGGGAUUGUAUAGAGGAAUUGGUGUACACGAAUAUAUUAUAACGUAAAGCGAGAAAAGAGAAAAUAAUAUGUUGCCAAACAUGUGCCAAGCAUCGGACUUGCGCGAGAUGCGAAUGUUUUCGAGGACAAAUGAGAUUCAUAGGCUUUAAAAAGAAGAGUUUACAUGACAAUCCUGGACACAUGUCAAUAUACGAGUCUUAGCUAAUUCAUAUAAUUAUACACGUUAUAUAUACAUUAAAUAUAUAUACACAUAUGAUUGGUAUAUAAACGAAGUAAGCAUUUAAAAAAAGAAACGAAAGUGGUUGUAAAGGCUCUUAUUAUAAGUAUAUGAAUUUCCGAAAAUUAGAAACAAAUUAUAUAAUAAAGAUUUUAUAUAUAUAAUCUUUAUUAUAUAUAAUGCACGUUAUUAAGGAACGUAUAUGACGUAGAGACAAAAAGGUUCCAAAUGUUGCUAUGUACAAGACGAACGCGCAGUUAAAGGAUCAUUUAUUUAUUUUUCCGAGUAUGUAAUCUUUAAAUAAGGAGACAUCAACGUUCCUCGCGAGAAACUAUAUACACGAGUGCGUAGACCAAAAGAAACGAAUUUCACUGAGCCAUAUAUUUUAUCGUUUGAAAUAAUAUUAUUAUGUAUGAUUCUCUCCCCCGCGAUUCUACAUUGUAAACACGCGACCUUUGAAUUACGUACGUCAGUGCCAAUAUUUACAGAAAUUAAAGUCUUCUCACUUUGAAAGUGUUUUACACAAGGGCGUUUACACGCUGAUUACAUCAGCGAUAAAAUUUAAGAUAAAACGUGCGAAAUUUUCUUACACACGACGAAAAACAAACUCAUGGUCGUUCCUCCCGUUAUGCAUAAAAUUAUAUACAUAUAGUUGCAUGAAAAAAAAUUGUCUAUGUUGAGUUACGUGUCGAUGUGAAAAAGUUGCCCAGGCGGAAGACUUUUUUUACCACGUACGUACACCUAUAGUCUAUUAAGUUUCUACUUUGAUUAUAAACGCGGACCUUAUAGACGUCUACUUGAAAAAGCCGUAGCGGCGAGUUUUUCAUAUAUUUAUAUUUAUAGAGAGAAAAAAACUAAACUGACUUAGCGAGACGGCGUUUUUUAUAGCAAUGUAGCGUACUUUGCGUUGCCAAAAGUGACGGAUAAUCGUUGCUUAUACCUAUGUAUAGUACGGAAUGACGUUUCUGUAUCAAUUUUACUUUAUAGAUAUAUAGCUUUGACCUAUAUUUUGUUUGGCGAAUGCUAGAUUUACCAAUGCUCGAUAAGUUAUUUUUAUAAUUUAUAAUCGAUGUUUAUCAUGAUCUUGUCUGUUCGUAGAUGUUGGUCUUUUGAUAAUUUACGAAUUUUUAUGUGACAAAUUCUUUUGGUUUUAUAUGUAUCAUCCAAGUUAAUCAUCUCCUAUUACAAAAAGAAUCAACCUUAAAACCAAAUGUAUCUAAACUGUGAACGUGACCAAAGCUUUAAAAAAGUGACUAAAAAUCAAACGAUAAAGUAAAAGCAUAGCUCUCUCACUCGCUAAGAAAUGGAUCUUCCUCUGCUUUUUCUUAUAUUUUUCAACUCGACGAAUCAAAUUUUCGGACGACAUGCUAUACGUUAAAUUUUUCAUGCCUCGCUCGGCACACAUAGCUCAAUUCUUUCGAAUCUGUCGGAUUCAAUGGCUCCAACAACAUUUUUAAUAACUCGGCCCGCAAGCCUUUGAAACAGUGCACCCCCUAGCUGGCAAUAUCUUGAAAAUUCACCGAGAGACGCGCGCAAAGCCUCGCCCCGCCGCGCUUGACGUCAUCGCGGCGAAUCUUCUCUUCUCGGCAUUCCUCGAGGAACAAUAACGAAGCUCCGCGCGGCACAAAGGCGAACCUUAUAUGAAUCUACCCUUAUAUCAUCGAAAAAAUGCCUCAUUGUCCCCCGCUGAUUCUUCUCGAAUUCGACUGUAAUAUACCCUCAGACGAAGCGCAUGUACACUUGCACAGAGAUAAAAAAAAUUUUAUCGGAAGCGCACUACUGGAACCAUGGACACUGACACAGCCGCGGCAGAGGACGACGAAGCUCUAAACGCAGCCGACGCGCGCAUUGUUCUUUUUUCAGGGCCAAGUGCUGCGACGCCCGCGAGUUUGAAGGAGGCCUUCGAGAGACUCGCCCGGGAGGCAGGUUACAAGAUCGUCCCAAAGGAGACUAGAGAGGCCUCAAGGUCGAGGGAGAAGAAGCACGAGAAGACCAGGAAGAUCAGGAUCACCAGUGGGGACUGCGUCGAGUUCACCCUCAAGAUUCGAAUUUGAGCGCGGUUUUUCAAUGCUCUUGAUGUAUACAGAGCGGAAGUUGCCAAAUUGUCUAUACGGCGAAUUCGAAUCUCGAGCUGGCGAGCUUAGCAUGAGUUUUUUUAGUCAAUUUUGAAUGAUAUUACUCUGUAUUAGAAUUAGUUCAGUUUAGUUGUUUAUUAAUGUUAAUUAGAUAGACUCAUCAAAUUAAGGCGCAUACUAAUUGUUAACUUAAAAAAUGGACGUAACGAGAUUCUAUCCUCUGAUCUAUCAUCGGUGUUCUAUACUGAAAAGCCUUCUAUAUUUUUACGCAAGCGUAUGAAGCUCUGUAUAUUUUCCUCCCGCAUGAUGAUUAUACAUUCGAUGUCUUUUUGAUUAAUGAGUGCGUAUCGACAGCCGAUUAUUCCAUUUACCACCUAAUAAUCUACCUUAUAUACUAUACGAUGAUCAUGUAACAUGGAGAACUUUGUGCUUCGAGGCGGAUGAAAAAAAGGGAUGAAUAAAAAUACUAGAACAAUAAGGACGACUGAAUGAUUUAAAAAAUUUAAAAAAAAGUGAUCAAUUUUUAUCGCCAGUACGUGUCCGCACCCCGCAACGAGAUCGACGUGUAUAACUUGAAUCGGGCUCCGAAUUUGCGAUUCGGAAUCAAAGUUGCUACCGUAUAACGUAUAUAGUUUUCAUGUUGUAUAUGUUUGUACUAUAUGAGCGUAGAGAAUAGCAAUUGAACGUGCAUACAUGUGUGGGACGGAGGCAUGCGUAUUAUGCUGAGAUAUAUUAUUCGGCGAAAUGUAAACGAAACGAGAGGGCAAAUGAUAUUGAAUAAAAGAAAUACAUUUAUAAAGCAAAA